UUAUUUCCCACUCUUUGUAGUGCUUAAAAACCAACGAGACCCGAACUGGUGUCUAAGUCGUGGUUCCAGGGUAAGACCUAUUAUACUUGUUUUUAGUACCAAUUAAGUAUUCGUUCCGCCGAGUUGAUUUUCUCAUUAGCACACAACAAUCUAAAUAAAGCACAGAUAACCUUCAACCUUGUCCGACGACUACCAGUAAAAGUGGAAAUCAGCCGGUGGGAUUUUGUUACGAGACGGUAUUCCCCUGAAUCAAUUUAAUAAGAACACAACUCUUCACGCUUCGUUUGCUCCUCGACCAGUUUAUAAUUUCACAUUGUGUCUAGUCAUAGCUUCAGAAUGAAGCUGUUUAUCCUUGUACUUUUUGCAUCGACACACUUAAUUCUGGCACAAAAUAGCAAAGACGACGCUAUUAAUAGCAUCUUCGGAGAUGACUACGAAGAAGUCACACCUCCUCCGCUCAAGAGCAUCGGGGCUUUAGCCAAGUGUGGUGAAGGUGCCCAGGAAAACAAAUUCGUGUGUGUGCCCUACUACAACUGCAACCCGGACACCAACACCGUGGAGGUAAACCCAGACUUAGACGGCGCCAACAAGAUCAACAUACGACUCGGAGAUGAAGACGACGAGUCCAAGUGUGACCACUACUUGGAGAUUUGUUGCAAAGUGGGUGACAGUACGGAUGAUGGUACCGACGACCGUGUGGUUGACGGUGGUACCCAAACUAUCCCACCGACGAGACCCACACCCAGACCAACUUCACCACCAGAACCCAGACCCAAACCGCUCCCUCCACAAGAGGACGAUACCCCAACACCCAGUCAGAACACAAGUCGACGCGUAAACUGCGGACUUAGAAACAACCAAGGUCUCGAUUUUAACUUGGUUGGUGGUACCAACGAAGCUAACUUUGGCGAAUUCCCCUGGAUGGUGGCAAUUCUCCGAAAGAACCCCAAAUCUGGAGAAAACAUAGCUGUUUGUGGAGGUUCCUUGAUCGGACCUAAGGUGGUUUUAACUGGGGCACACUGCGUCCACACUGUGAACAUCAACGAUAUCAAGAUUCGAGCCGGGGAAUGGGACACCCAGACCCAGAACGAGCGCAUUCCGCACCAGGAACGUAACAUCGAACGAAAAAUCGUCCACAACCACUUCACCAAAGGGAAUCUGUACAACGACGUCGCCCUCCUAAUCCUGGAUCGUCCCUUAACCAAGACCAGAAGCAUCGGGACGGUGUGUUUACCCCAAGACAACCAACACUUCGAUUCCAGGGAAUGCUUUGCCACAGGCUGGGGCAAAGACAGGUUCGGGCAAGAGGGCCAAUACGCCGUCAUUCUAAAAAAAUUGCAGCUGCCACUAGUCCAGAAUCAACCUUGUCAGGACGCCCUCAGGAAAACCCGUCUCGGGAAUUCCUUCAUUCUUCACCGUUCCUUCACUUGUGCAGGCGGCGAGCCCGGUUUAGACACGUGCACGGGCGAUGGUGGCAGUCCUUUGGUGUGUCCCGACCCUUCCAACCCCAAUCGCUACCUCCAAGUGGGUAUAGUGGCCUGGGGGAUCGGCUGUGGCGAAAAUCAAGUCCCUGGAGUCUACACCGACGUGGCCAACUUCCGAAAUUGGAUCGACCUUAAAUUGCAAGAAACAGGCAUCGGUAUCGAUUCAUACAUCGUAUAAUUACAGCGGUGUUCGUUAUUUAUGUAAAUUAGUCUCGAAUAAAGUCAUUUUUAUCCAA